UUUCAGGAUAGAGCUAAUCUUACUUUAAAUGAUUUUGAAGUCUUUAGAACGUUAGGUACUGGUUCUUUUGGACGAGUUGUACUUUGCCAGCAUAAAGAAACAAACAAAUACUUUGCGUUAAAAAUUAUCAGGAAAGAAGUUGUAAUUCAGCUUAAGCAAGUGGAGCACACCGCGAACGAAAUUAAUCUUUUGCGCUGUAUUCAGCAUCCUUUUCUCGUUAGCAUUCAAUACUUUUUCCAGGACAACUCUUCUCUUUAUCUUUGCCUUGACUUUAUUAAUGGAGGCGAAAUGUUUACUCACAUUCAUAAAAACAAAUAUUUUUCUCAUUCGAUUGCGAGAUUUUUUGCGGCUGAAAUUGUGUUGGCUUUGGAAUAUUUGCAUAACUUGGAUAUUAUAUAUAGAGACUUGAAGCCAGAAAAUCUUCUUAUUGACUCUCAAGGCCACGUGCGUGUGACUGACUUUGGAUUCGCUAAAAGAGUGAAAGAUAAAACUUGGACGCUCUGCGGAACGCCAGAGUACUUGGCUCCGGAAAUAAUACUUUCUAAAGGCUACACGCGCUCAGUGGAUUGGUGGGCCGUUGGUGUUUUGAUAUAUGAAAUGCGCUCGGGACAUGCUCCAUUUUAUGACCCCAACCAAAUGGAAAUGUAUAGAAAAAUAGUCGACGGAAGUCUAAGUUUUCCAGUUCAUUUUCUAGCAGAAGAGAAAUCAAUUAUCCAAGGAUUCUUAACCUGCGACCUUACGCGCCGCCUUGGAAGCAUGAAAGGGGGAGCAGAGCAAAUAAAAGAGCAUCCUUACUUCAAAGAAAUGAACUUCAAAGCUUUAUUGAAUAAUAAAAUUCGCUCUCCUUAUAUACCUCAAGUCUCUGGAGAAGACGACGAUAGCCAUUUUGACCAGUACGACGAAGAAGAUUUAUUUUGGGAUGAAGAGGGAAAGGAUCCUUAUGAAGAUAUUUUCAAGCAGUUUUGA